GUACUCUUGCUCUCACCAUGGAGCGACGGCGGAAACACACGUCGAGGGCGUGUGAUCAGUGUUCUCGGCGGAAGAUUCGGUGCCUCGGCGGCCCAGAGACGGUGUGCCCGACCUGCGACAAGCUGGGCAAGAAAUGUACCUGGGAGAACGAACACCGACCGCGGGGACCGAAGCGCGGCGGCUCGACAGCAGCGGCUGGCGCCGCCGGCGCGCCGGUGCCACUGCUCCUCUCGAGCGCAACGGAGCAAGAGGCCCUCGCGGCCGCUGUCGUCGACACGCUCCCAGCGCUGGGGAGCAUGCUGAGCUCAGCAUCUUCAUCGUCCGACCCGUCGUCGCUCCUCCCGCCUGGUAGCAGUAGCGCGGGAGGCGAACCCCACUUUUCCCAAAGCGCCGAGCACGAGACAUUCCUCGCGGCGUCCGCCUGGCUCGACGCGUCAGAUCUCACCUCGCUAUGGCCAGAGGUGUCAGCCUCGCAGGCAGCAUUGCCGUGGCUCGACUCGUUUGACUGGCUCUUCUCGGCUCCCCCGUCCCGCCAGCCCAGCGUACCCCACGACCCACCACCCGUCGGUACCGAGUCGGUCGCCGAGCUGCCGUCGGUACCGACCCCGCGAGCAGCCACUGCGCCGUCUCCAGGCUUCGAGGCUUACAUUGACGAUGUCAAGCUCGGCGAGUACGUGCAGGCCUUUUUCGACAAUGCAGAGCAUCACCUGCCGAUUCUGGACCAGGACGUUGUUGAACGCCGAAUAGCGGACGGCGACCACCACGUCGAGCGCCACUUCCGCGCGCUCGUGUUCGGCAUGGCGGCCGUGUGUGAGAUCAUCAGCGCGAUGGGAAAGCCCGAGUCGGCACGCCGCGAAGACAUCCUCGCCGUCAAGGGAUACGUGGCGGACGCGGCGCUGUGCUGCACCAUUGCUGGGCCGUCGUCCCAGUUCUCGGUGGACGACAUUGCCACGAGCGUGCUGCUGAACUAUGUGUACUUGACGCUCGGCGACCUGCAGACAUCAUGGUUCUACCUCCAGCAGGCGCUGAGCAUAGCACAAGUGCUCCAGCUGGACCAGGCGGGUGCCAAGGACACUGGGGCGCGGCUGAAAGCCUACUGCAUCUUAACCAUCAUCGAGCGAGCGCAGGCGGUAACACCGACAACAAAUCAAAGACAUAGCCAGAUCCUCCGACUCCCAGGCAAUAUCUGGGAGCUUACGCGGCACCGGCGCGAGUCGCUCCCGGCCGACGAGCUCGCGGGGUUCCCUUUUCACCACCUGAGGCUCUUCUCCCUCGUGGACCGGGAAAUCGUCGCGUGCUGGCGGGGCGGGUGCGCGCGCUCCGGUGUCAUGUGCAGCCGAUGGACUGUCGAGUCGGCAGUGGCGCUACAGCAGACACUAUCGCGCGAGUUUGAGGUCGCGCUGGCCCAGGAGCACGACCGGGAAAACGUCAAUCUCGUGAUCACUGCGGCGUGGCUGCGCGACCGCUUCUGGAACAUUUGCCGCACCCACGGCCUCGUCACACAGCACGGGCACGAGCACGCCGAGCUGAGCCUCGACCUGCUGCUCGACAAUCUAGCGCGCACGUCGGCGUUCUGUGCGUCUGUUCCCGCGGCCAACUUUGACCCCAUCUUCGACUGGGUCGUCAAGGUGUGCGAUAUCGUCAUGACGGCCAUCACGGUGCUCAAGUCGCGCCAGGCAUGGGCUGCGCUUCCGAACCACGCGAUGAGGGCUGGCGCGCUGCAAGUGUCAUACCUGCCCUAUAUCCACCGGUUUAUCGGCAUGCUCGUGACGUGUAGGCGCGAGGACUAUGUCUCGGAGCUCGUCAAGGCUCUAGGCGAGGUCGUGUAGCAGUAAGACUUAGUUUGUACCAUCGAAAUGUAGCCAACAUCCACGUCCAGGACGCCAUCAUGUCUGUGCAGCCGCCACCGAUGGCACUGUCCCUGGCGCAUGGCGCCCACGUGGUUUGGGUCACGUGCCACGUAAGACGCCAUUUCAAGUGAUU